CGCAGCUCGCACCCCCAAAGCGCGCUCUCGUGGCUGGCUGGAGGACGCAUCGGCUAAAGCUACAAGAGCAGCGGGCGAGCAGGCCCGCGUCUCCUCGGAAUAGAUAACGUCGUUGUUCAUUUCGUCCCGACGGACCCUUCGGCCGGCUGGGAUUCGAAACGCGCCCGAUCAUAUGUGUGUGAAGGGGGAGAGGAUAUCGCAAGAUGGUUCGGGAAACCAGACACCUUUGGGUGGGAAAUUUACCCGAACACGUCCGAGAGGAGAAAAUUGUGGAGCAUUUUAAACGGUAUGGACGCGUGGAGAGCGUUAAGGUCCUGCGGAAGCGCGGGUCAGAGGGUGGCGUCGCAGCCUUUGUGGAUUUUGUGGACAUCAAAAGUGCUCAGAAGGCUCACAAUGCCGUCAACAAGAUGGGUGAUAGGGACCUUCGGACUGACUACAAUGAACCGGGGUCAGUCCCAAGUGCUGUACGGGGCCUUGAUGACAGCUCCCCCUCGAGCAGUCGAGACGUAACAGGAUUCUCUAGGGGAACAGUUGGACCUGUGUUUGGCCCCCCUGUGUCCAUUCACACCAGAGAGGGACGUUAUGAACGGAGAAUAGAUGGUAGCUCAGAAGCCCGUGAACGUGCAUAUGACCACAGCCCGUAUGGACACCAUGAGCGCAGUGGCACUUUCGACAGACAGCGCCACUACAACGCAGACUAUUACAGGGAGCGAUCUUUGUUUGCUGCUGCCGGUCCAGGGAGCAGUGCCAUCAGCGGAAGCUUUGAGGCAUCAGACCCUCAUUUUGACUCUAGAAUUCGAGACCCCUUCUCUCUUGCGACUGCGACACGACGCGACCUCUAUAGAGAUGACCGAGGACGGCGUGUUGAUAGAACAUACCAUCACCGUCGGAGCCGAUCGUCCCAUUCCUCACAGUCUCUACACCCUUCUCCCCAGCGGACAACUGGACAGACCGCCAAAACUGCUCAUUCCCCUAAACGAGCACCUCUGUCCCCUGGAAGAGUCCCACGAUCUCAAUCCCGCAGCAGAUCGUCAAGCUCUGAUUCCGUGAGCAGCACCAGCAGUACAGGCAGCGGCAGCGAUUCCCACAGCAGUUCAAGUGACGGAUCACGAGCGCGUUCUGUUCAGUCGUCAGCUGCACAUGCGCCACCUCAGUCGUCAAUGGUGCUUGACUCCGAUGAGCCACGUAGAAGCUUUGGGAUUAAAGUACAAAACCUACCAGCGCGAUCGACAGACACGAGCUUAAAAGACGGACUCUUCCAUGAGUUCAAAAAACAUGGUAAAGUGACCUCCGUGCAGAUCCAUGGGACAUCAGAAGAUCGCUAUGGUUUGGUGUUCUUCAGACAGCAAGAGGAUCAAGAGAAAGCGCUUAGUGUCCCUAAAGGGAAACUGUUCUUUGGUAUGCUGAUUGAAGUAACGGCAUGGAAUGGUCCUGAAACGGAGAGUGAGAAUGAGUUCAGGCCCCUGGAUGGCAGGAUAGAUGAAUUCCACCCAAAAGCCACAAGAACAUUAUUUAUUGGCAACCUUGAGAAGACAACCAGCCGUGAACAACUUUUUGAAAAUUUUCAACGCUUUGGAGAAAUUGUCGACAUUGACAUCAAGAAAAUGAAUGGAAUUCCUCAGUAUGCAUUUGUUCAGUAUUCUGAUAUUGCCAGUGUUUGCAAGGCCAUUAAAAAGAUGGAUGGCGAGUAUCUUGGCAGUAACAGACUAAAGCUUGGUUUUGGGAAAAGUAUGCCUACGGCGUGUGUUUGGCUUGAUGGGCUGACAACCAAUAUCACAGAGCAUUAUCUCUCACGGCAUUUCUGUCGUUAUGGACAUGUUGUCAAGGUUUUAUUUGACAGAAUGAAAGGGAUGGCCCUCAUCUUCUACAACAACACAGAUUUUGCUCAGGCUGCUGUGAGAGAGACCAAAGGCUGGAAGAUUGGAGGCAGCAAGAUUAAGGUGGACUUUGCAAGCCAAGAGAGUCAGCUGGCAUUCUUCCGAGCUAUGCAGACAUCUGGUCAAGACAUUAGAGAGCUUUAUGAAAUUCCUCCUGAACGACGGGAGGAUCGGAGGCCCCUGUACCAUGAAUUUACAGCAGAGAGGGCUUACUAUGAAACAAUACGCACACCUGGCCUUUAUACAGAGGAUGCUCGAAGAGAGUAUGCUGCUCGCAGUAGGGACCGUUUCCCUGAAUUGGAACAUUUUCAGGGGGAACCUUUUGACCCACGUUACCAUGAAGACCCACGGGACUACAGGGACUAUAGAGAUCCCUUUGAGCAAGACAUUAGGAAAUACACAUAUAUUCAACGAGAACGAGAGCGUUUUGAAGCUGACCGAAAUAGAUGGAGUCCCUCUCAUCACCGCCGGCCAAUUACCCCUGCUGUGUCACCAUCACCGUCUGAACGUGCUCCUAGAGAAUCCGAGCACCGAGUUUAUAGCCAGUCCUCUGAAAGAAGUGGUAGUGUAAGCUCACUAUCACCCCCACACUUUGAAAAGUCUGAAAAGACUUUGGUAGAACUUGCAUCAAAGAGUGACAAGGUUGAAAAGAGUAGUCAACCUGAUAGAGUGGUGGGCUCUGAAAAAAACAAGCGGACCAAACGAAAAGAGAAAGGCGACAAAGCAGAGAGACUCAAAUCAAGGAAAGUAAAGGGCCACUCUCCAUCCAAUCCACUACCAGCCACAGAGCUUGAUACCUCUCUGGAAGUAGGCACUGUGAGAGGAAAGGGAGUUGAACAAGAUGCCCAAGAUAGGCAGAAAUAUAAAGGAGAUAAUGACUCUAUUACUGGAAGUCAGUUCUCAGCUACUCAUCAUGACUCGUUGAAAAGUGAACGAUCUGAAAUGGCUAAAGGUGAUAAUUCUGAUAUGGAUGGAAAAAAUCGAGUCAAAAAACAUCUUAAGCCUGAUACUGGAAAUGAUGCGAAAGACUCAUCAGUGGAUUCAGAUCGCCUUGCUGCAAGAAAAAGGCGCUUUGCUGAUUCAAGUGGAAGGACUAUUCAUCAAAAGCGAAGCAGGCUUGAAGAAGAGGAUUGUAAUCAAUCGCAAGACCCUAGUACGAUUGCACCAUAUGGGAAAGAUAUAGACUCUGAUAAGCACAAAGAUGCUCAACGCAGAGAUUCAAGAUUUAAAAGUGGAACACAGAAGGAUGUUCAAGAGGACAAAGUACCAAGAGAGAAAAUAGAGGGCUCGUUGGAUCCUUCUGAGUCGAAACGACUCCCAGCCCACACUCCAUCCCGAAGAUUUUCACAUGAAGGAAAUGCAGACCAAGGCUCUUUGAAAGAACAGGAACACGGUGCUAUUUUCAAAUUUAGUGGUCAGGCAGCCGAAACUGCCAAAAGCAUUAAGAUUAAGGAAGAGCAUGUUGACAUUGACCUGUCUCAGAGUUAUCGCAAGCAAAUGGAGCAAAAUAGAAGGUUACAUCAGCAACAAUAUCGAGAAUCUGACAAAUCUGGCAAACCUGUCAAACCAGGAAGUCCACGAGAAAAUGAAAGUGAGGAUUUGGAACACCGUAGUCUUGUGCAUGAAGUUGGCAAACCACCUGAGGAUGUCACAGAUAAUUUCCCAUCUCACAAGCAAAAGAAACUAGACCAGUUUGACAGUGAAGGAAUCAAGAGGGAGCGUGUCUAUAGGAGCUUCAGGCAAAAAAGUGAAGAUCCUGAAUGGAACAACACUUCCUCUCCAGGACACCAGUUUUCGCAACAUACAGAGGAGGACUUUGAUCAUUCUCAGAAAGAGCUUGCCAGAAAUGAAAAAAAUGACCCUGAUUUGGAGCUGCUUGUCAAAAGGACACAUAAUACCCAUGUAAACAAAUCCAACACACUUAAUGCAGAAGAGGAGCAACAAAAAAGAUGGGAGAGCAGAGUGAAGCGAAACAUGCUACCUGACCUCAACUUUUCUAGAAAUCUUAGUAAAAAUGUUCACAACCGCAAACGUUUGGAAUUUGGUGUUUGGCAUGAUAUAGAGCCAGGGGAGGUGAGAUCUGACUCUGAAGAGGAUCGAGAAGCUGAGCCCCGUUCUCCUGUGGCAUCUACUUCAAAGUCUUUUUCAGAGAGGCCGAGGGGUGAGAGAUUUUCAGACCCCAAAACAGCACAUCUUGAAAGAAAUAAAUUCUACUCCUUUGCACUUGACCAGACCAUCACACCAGAUACAAAGGCUCUGCUUGAGCGUGCAAAAUCCCUGUCAUCUUCCAGAGAAGAUAACUGGUCCUUCUUAGAUUAUGAUUCUCACUUUGUAAGUUUCCGGAACCGGAAAGAUACUGAGAAGAUAGAAUCAACACCACGGCCUACACCAUCGUGGUACAUGAAAAAGAAAAAGAUCCGAAGUGGAUCUGAAGAUAAACUUGAUAAUCGGAAGGAGGAGCCAAAACCAGAGGAACAAGAACGAAGAGAACUGUUUGCCUCCCGCUUCCUUCACAGCCCUGUUUUUGAGUUGGACUCUAGACGACUUCAGCAUCUGGAACGAAAAUAUGAAGAAGCUGAGCAUGGUCAAAACCAGCAAGGAACUAUAGAUGGUGAACUUGACUCAGGCCCAGUGGUUCUUUUCCAUAGUCGUUUUUUGGAACUUACAAGACUGCAACAACAAAAGAAUAAAACACAACCACAAGAAAUGAUAGAUGAAAUAAAAGUAGAAAAAACAUUAAUGGAAGAGCCACAAAUGUUGCAAUCACCUGAAACAAAAGAAUCUAUCAUUGAGCCAGAAAUUAAGCCCAUCAGUCCUGCUGAAGAGUUAGUGUCUGAACCCAGGGUAACAACACCUAUCUCACAGACGUUGCUAAAAGACUUUCCUCCUGUAGAACAGCCGUCUCAAUUACCCACUGAACCAUCCCCUACUGUAGUUUUCAUAAAGCAGGAAAAAGACAUUGAACAUGUGCCUGUGCAUUAUCCACUGAUUGAGACUACCGCUGAUUCAGAAGAUGCAUCUGUCAAAGAAGAAGCCAAUUAUGUAACGGAUAGUUAUAAGCUUUCUCCUUCUGAAAUUAAAGUGGAUGAUGUUACAGAUGAUGUCAAACCUGAUGCAGAAGAGCAGAGUAGCUGCAAUUUGCAUGAGUUUGUCAGUAGUUCAGAACCAGAGCUUGACUGUGAAGCAGCGCAGUCCGAAAUCCCUCCAGCCUUAAGUUCGACAAUACCUAGUCAUGAUGAGUGCAAUGACUUAGCGAAGAAAGAGACGUAUUGCACAGUUUCAGAGCCUGAGGAAGAAAAAACACUUAAAGUUACUAAAGAGUCCAGCGAUGACAUAAACAUUGAGGGAAACUCUGCCCAUAAGGAAUAUAAAUCAAAAGAAAUGAAAACAAAAAAGGGCAAACCAUCCCCAGGUGAAGUUGCUUCAACUGUUGUGUCUGCAUCUGCUCCUGAAAAACAAGCCACGCGAAAGAGUGAGCGCAUUGACAAAGAGAAACUGAAACGUGGUUCCUCUCCAAGAGCCGAAUCUAAGUCUACAGGCAAAUCUCCUCUUCAUGGAUCAGAUGCUGAUGUCUCGGAGCAGAGCAUAUCAUCAGGCAGAGCAAGACGUAGGAAUGUGAAAUCUGUGUAUGCGACCCCAGUUGAAGAUGAAGUCCCGUGUCGUACUGCAAAGGAUAUUCAAGAGUCCCCACGUUCUGCAAGAAAACGUGGCACAGAUAAGGAUGCUACACAGCAGCAGAACAAUGAGCAAGAUUUACCUGCUCCCACUCCUGCAGCUAAACGAGGCCGGCCUCCCAAGAAUCGUAGGCAGGGUGAGGACGCUUCAGCAGUUAAAAUGGACAAAAUAAAAAUGGAGAACAAAGACACAGAUCCAAAUGAAUCUGAGAGUUGUGAAAAGAUCCCUAGAAAUUUGAAGGGGAAAUCCUCCCCCAGUGCCACAAAAGGUUCAACAAUUCCGUUCUCUCCAGCUCAACUAUGUGGCUCAACAAGGAAAGGAGAAAAAACAGAGUUGACUGAGGGCAAUGAUCACGAAAUGGAUUCCACUGAUGACAGUACCCUGACUUUGCUAGACUCAUCUAAAGAAGCCCAAUCACCUGAAGUUGACCAAAAGAAAGAGGAAAAAGACCUACACAAAAGAGAAAUGGUCAAAGAAAACAGUGCUCUGAAUGAAAAGAUUUAUGAAGUUAAAUCAAAUGGUAAAGAUGAAUUUCCCCCUGUGUUAGAAGAAAAAAGCAGCACAGAAAAAGAUAAGCUUGUUAAAGGAAAAAGCAAGUUGCCAAGGACCCCAAAGUCUCCUGUUCUCAAGAACCUUAAAAUCAGGCUAAAUGUCAAAGAGGUGAAAGAUCAUGUUUCAAAGUGCACCAGCAGAGGUACUAACAAUGAAGACAGUGAAAUUUCGUCUUUGGAAAAAAAUGAACAUCAGGAAACAUCAAAAAGUUUAAGUUCACAUGAGAUGGAAUUGGAACAGGCCGUGGAGAACAUUGCCAAACUCACUGAUCCGUCUUUUCCAAGGGAACCUCAAACCCCAACUGGCCCAAUCACAGACUUGAAAAGUUUCUCAGAUGAAGAAAAACCUAAUCCAGCUAGUGAAACAGAACUCAUUGCUGCUAUCGACUCCAUCACCGCUGAGGAUGUAGCCGUCUCUUUAUCCCAAGCACCACCUAUAGGUAUAACUUCAGAACCAGAGAUGCAAGACUCAGUUCCGCCUGCCAAAGAAGGCGAGCCUGAAAUGAACACUGUUAACAUCCGGGAAGAGCCUCCCUUACCUGCCAAAAAGGGCACUAAGGGAAGACCUAAGACUCAUAAACGUCCUAAAGCCCAAAAGGCACGGAAAGAUUCAAAAGAACAACCUCCACUAAAUGAAGAGACAGCAACUCUUUUAGUUCAGAACGCAUCCUCCAGUGUAAAGAUUGUCCCAGAAAUGAUUCCAUCAGCAGCUACUGCUGCUGUUAUUACACCCACUACAUGGAAGCCAGAACAAGAGCCUUUAGCUGUUAAGGCACCUGAUGAAAAAGUAGACUCGGCGUCAUCUCCUGAAGAGCAGAUUCAACACAUCAAAACUGUUUACCCACAGUCCAAAAGUCCAGUGGGCCCAAAGCCACAAUCACCUUCCCUGUCACCAUUAGCAUGUAGACCAAAUAUUAAACCAAUUCAAAACAGUAGAGCACCUGUCUCUCCACCAGAUUGGCUCCACCACUCAGUAGAUACAGGAGUUCCUUCUUUACCAGCCUUGCCUCUAGCACACAAGGAAAACCAUCCUUCACCUGACUCUGAAAAUAUUGACAUUGAUCGUGGCCCAAGCGACCUGCGGCAGAUUCUUUUGAAACACAAAACUAUUUCUCUGCCGGGAAGUAGUUAUGUACCUACCAAUUUGCCCACAGUCCAAGAUAAGAACCUCACUGAGCGUACCACUACUUUGCCAGUUGUGCCAAAUAAAUCACCACUACCAGACUGCAGAAUGUCAUCUCAGUCUGUUCGAACACCAGCUACACUACCUUCUCCUGAGACCAAGUCUGUGAUCUCUGUCAUUGCGUCCACUGCACUGCACUCCUCUGUCAUUAGUCGUGUAUGCAACCCUCCUGAGCAUGAAGAAAAAGUUAACCUAAAUAUUGGGAACCAAGGUGCAGACAUGGCUCUACCUAAACCCAACUACAGGCCCAGCAAAGAGGAUACAGGCUCAUACCAUGGACCAACUAUUGUUGAUGAAGGGGGAAGUGCUAAACGCUUUAUCAUUGAAAGUUCCACUCUUGGUACAGGUUCUUGCCCAGGUCUCAGGGUAAAUACGUCUGAAGGAGUGGUGGUUCUAAGCCACUCGGGACAAAAAACCGAGGGACCCCAAAGGAUAAGUGCAAAAAUAAGUCAAAUUCCACAAGCAACAGCAGGUGACAUGGAAUCUCAGCAGCUGGUAUCUAUGCCCCAAAUUAAACAGGAAAUGUACAGUCAUCCUCCAUCAGGCCUUCAAAAAGGGUCUUUGCAGACAGAUCAUGGUCAUCCUGGUAAGACUCAGUCAGCCUUUUCUUCUAAUAAGCAAGAAGGCACAGGUUUGGAGAAAUUGGAGGCUUCCUAUCACUCUGGUCCUCAAGGAGUUGUAAAGCGUCUCACACAGGGAGUUGGUAAUCAAGGUAUGAGCUCAAUGUACCACCAGGAGUACCUUCCUACAAAACAUCAAAAGAAAAUAGACAGUGGAGAUUCACAUAGUACAGAUGGUUCUAAGGCAUCAUGGGCCUCAGCUAUUAGUCCUGCUAUAAGUCCCCAUUUGCCCUCUCCUCCUGGAAACCAUGUAGGCUUUGUUACGGCAGCUGGUGACAGACCUCCUUCGCAUCUCAGUGGCAGCAAACAGGAGCCACGAUCCCCACGCAAGUCAAGUCAUCCACAUUCUCCAUUUACUAAAGUGUCCUCACCCAUUGGGUCUUCAUCUCCUAAGGGCAUACCAGUGAUGUUACCCACUGGUCUUCCCGCCAUGCAACAGUUUAUCACAGGUGUGCAUCAUCCAGAGCAGUCCGUUAUCAUGCCACCUCACAGUGUCCCUGGAGGUUUGGGCCGAAUGUCACCUCACCCUGCUACCCAGUCGAUUCCAGUGGGACAUCUCGUCCAGGGAGAUGUUCGGGUCAAUACUCCCCCACUCUCUGUGAUGAGCUACGGGAUGCAUAGUGAGUCUCUUACAUCUCCCUGGUCUGGUUCCAUGCAACAACGACCAACUUCACCCCAAACUGUUGGCAGAGACAAGGUCCUCAAGGUGAACCCAAGUGCUUUGAGGAGUCAUGACAUAGACCAAGAAGAAUCGAGACGCUUUCACCAGCAAGGACGUCAACCUGCCACACAGUUAAAACCAGAGACGAUGCAGUCAGAUCCUCGGGGGAGUUUCCGAAGUGGUGUGCCAAUGGAAGCGUAUAUGACACCGAGAGAGAUGCGUGCACUCCAACACCAACAAGGAGAGCGUUCGUCCACAGACCCUCAUUCAGGGCACCUUCAAGAGACUCAUCCCCCCACCUCUGCACCUUCCAGUUUACCAAUGUCUAUGUCUCCGAGGGCACACAUUCUGACUAAAGGUGUUUCUGAGAAGGAUAUAGCAAAGCCAUUAGAGGCUAAAAGGCCCCACUCCCCUCUUUCUAAAGAUGGAUUAAUGGGGAUCCGGCAGCCAGGACCUACAAUAUCAUCUCCCCAGAGAGUUACGAUCAUGCCUCCAGGACUCAGUGGCACCUUCCCAGAGUACUCUCAGAUGUACUCAAACCCAAGAGCCAUCCAUUCCCAGAUGCCUGACGCAGCACACGUUGUUCCUGAUGGCAAGAUUGCGCAGCCUGUUAAUAUGGUGCAGUUGCUCACAAAAUACCCGAUUGUUUGGCAAGGGCUACUUGCGCUCAAAAACGACACAGCGGCGGUCCAGUUGCAUUUUGUGUGUGGCAACAAAGCUUUGGCUCAUCGAUCACUGCCCCUCCAGGAAGGCGGUGCCUUCCUCAGAAUUGUUCAGCGAAUGAGACUCGAAGCAUCUCAGCUGGAGAGCGUAGCCAGAAGAAUGACAGGGGAGUGUGACUUCUGUCUUCUGCUUGCUUUACCUUGUGGACGAGAUCAAGACGAUGUUCUGAACCAGACCCAAGCUCUCAAGGCCGCCUUUAUAAACUACUUGCAGACAAAGUUGGCGGCUGGCAUUAUUAAUAUCCCAAAUCCAGGUUCCAAUCAGCCGGCCUACGUGCUGCAGAUUUUCCCACCAUGUGAAUUUUCAGAGAGCCACUUAUCUCAGCUGGCCCCCGACCUUCUCAACAGGAUCUCCAGUAUCUCUCCUCACCUCAUGAUUGUCAUCACCUCUGUGUGACCUUCACUGCGAGGGACUCUUGUUACAUGGAUGGACGGAAGAGCCACAGAUGAGCCUCAGGAAACUAGAGGAAUAAGAGUCUUUUUAUUCUUCUCGUCAGUCUUUUCCAGUCUCGCCCUUAUGUCAUCCCAUCUGGUGUUUUUGUCCUUCUCAAAAGAACUCAGGGAUGGACCAAACCAGAAUCACGUCUUUUUUUUUUCUUCUUUUUUUUUUUUUGACCAUUUCUGCUGUAUUUCUAUUUAUUGGAGUUUUACUUUUCUGUGAAGAAAAAAAAUGGAUGCUUGAUGAACAGGAAUGAUUGACUGACCAGAUGGCCUUUUUAUUGAUUUUUCUUUUUUUCCAACAAGAGGGACAUGGAUGUUUAAAUAAAAAAAAAAAUUAAAAAAAGACAUUAUGUAAUUUUAAAUAUGUACAGACUGCCUCUACUGUGCUUUCUUUAAGAGGAUGAGGAAUAAAAAGACCCUGCAGAGGACCACAGAUUUCAAUUCCACCAGCUUGGUUCAUUGUUUUUUUCCCCCACUACUGAAACAGUUUACACCUCUGGCACCUACAUUUGCAUUGAUCAAGCAACAGUUUCCUUUGGAUGUUUUGGAAUAUUGGACGUUGUAAAUAUUUUAAAUAUUUAAACUUUGACAAUGGAACUUGGAAAACCUGGCAGAGACUUGAACUCCGGGAUUGUACCAGAACACAGAAUGGAGAUAGAUGGGUAUUCUUGAUUUCAUUUUUUUUCUUGGGUGUAAAUACGUAACACAAGAAGGGUAGCAAACUCUCUUGUAGAGUCUGCUGAUGGCACUUCAUAUUUUGUAACUGAAAUAAAAAAAAUCUACAGAAAUCUUGGAAUAUUAAAUUAUAAUCCUUUAAGUUUCA